AUGAGAUCAGGAACUUGUCCGUCUCCUUCUCCGGUCCAGCGGGGCCUAGUGCUGGUGAGGGCGGCUGUCCUGCAGGCCAUUGGCACCCUGGUCUCAGCAGGGUACGUGGAUAAGGUGGAGGGAUGGCCUCUCAAUUACAUUGCCCUGCAGCUUGCUGUGUCGGCCAACUCGCUGGAGCGUCCAAUGCGGAGCCUUCCCCUGGGGGGGCUGCUGGAAAAAAUGGUCCAGAAAACCAGCCUGGCCACGUUAGAAAUAAUCAUUGCCUCGGGCAGGGGGAUCAGCCAGGAGCUCUGGGUACGGCUCCUGGGGUACGUUCCCCACACCCCUUACACUGAUUCCAUGACCCCCCUGUGCCGCUGCCUGAGGAUCCUGGCCGCGCAGCGGCAGCAGCACAGACAAGCAGCCCACGACUGCAGGGAGCCAGUGGCAUCUCCGACGCCCCAGCAGCUGCUGGCCCGGCUCCUGGUGCUGUCAGCAUCCCCCUUCGAGGGAGAAGGGCGCGGAGUGGCUGCGCUGCUCCUGCUGAACGCCCUGCGCCCUGAGAUGUAUGGGGACGAGGCAGAGCAGUGGUGGAUGGAGAUUCCAGCUAUGGUCCAGUAUCUUGACGGACAUAGCAAGUUCUCUCUGGACCAGACCGCGUGGGAACACAAGCUGUUGGAGGUAGCACGAGGGCUUCUGUUCAUUUUCCCAGCCCCAGAGUGGGUUGCUUUUCACUGA